GGGGCUUGUUCACACAUACUUUACAUACUAAUGCAUUUGAGUAUCUUUCAGAUACACAUGUGUUGUUUUUUUCUUUACCUAUAUAUGUUAGUUAAUUUUAGCUAAGAUAUCAAAGCGGUUGCAUAUUUUACAAUAUAUUUCAGAAAUAUAAUCUGAGAGUGAAUUAGUACAAGACAUAAAAUAUAACAUAAUAUUGUAUACGUUAACUAAAACUAAACGGAAACAAAAACCUCGUCAGUGUGCGAGUAGGGAAAUGUUUACCGGGCGCGCCCGGGGAAGGAAUGAAGCCAUGGGGCAUCGAGGCUAGUGCAGUUCCGUCUCUUCGGGAUGGAUGGGGUGGUUAUCCUGUAUUAUUGUGUUUAUAACCCGUUUGAAUGUGUUGUUCGCCUCGGAUAUUGCACGUUCCUGUCGUAUACACGUGCAAGGAUUACCGGCUGCAAGGAACCAGCACAAUGGCAUUUUAAGAAGCUGUGCCCCCCAGCGAUGGGACAAGAGGGACGGGCGACUCCCCAAUCCGGGCAGCUUCGACAUGCUGCACAGGAGGUGUAAAGAUGUCUUUCCACACCAGACAGAAGGAGUGAAGCUGACCAUCAAUAAGACAAUCAGCUCUUUCUUUAAGGCGAGUCACAUUCUCCACCUCAGUGCAGUCGGACCGUCCAACUAUCGCUUCAAUGCUUCAUAUCAACAGAGCGAUUCAGACAGGAGAGAGGAGGCCUGCCCUGUGCUGGUUGGAGAGAUGGACUCCUUCGGCAGUCUCAAUGCCCAGUGUCUUAAUUUCCUGAGUGAGCGAGUCAGAGCCAAGGCUGUCUUCCAGACUCAGCGGUCUCAGUUUCUAGUCUGGCAGUUUGAGACAGAAUAUCGAGGGGAUGACUUCACUGCUGCUGUCACGCUGGCAAACCCAGAUGUGCUCAGAGAAUCGGUAAUCAUGGUGGCACACUUCCUGCAGAGCGUGUCUCCGCAGCUGGUUCUGGGAGGGGAGCUGGUGUACCACCGCGGCCGGGCAGAGGAGGGGGGCAUCGUUACACUGGCAGGGCAAUACUCAGGUCCGAAUUGGGUGGCUACUCUGAAUGCUGGGAAUGGAGGAGCGCAUGCCAGCUAUUAUCACAGAGCAAAUAAGCAGAUCCAGGUGGGAGUGGAGUUUGAGGCAAGCACUAGGACCCAGGAGACAACAUGCUCAUUUGGGUACCAGCUGGACCUCCCAGAAGCCAACAUGAUCUUCAGAGGCACGCUGGACAGCCGGUGGAUUGUCGGCGGAGUCCUCGAGAAGCGCCUGGCCCCCCUUCCUGCAGCCCUGACACUCGGGGCCUUUAUGAACCACCGCGGGGACAAAGUGCAGUGCGGCCUGGGGGUCACUGUGGGCUAGGCUGGGGGUCACUGUGGGCUAGGCUGGGGGUCA